AGCGUCGCUUGUGUCUUCACUACUACACGACAACACAAAAUACAGCAGCACUACACAAGCCUCCGCGGAGCGGAACAGACUCUCACCCACAGGCUACAUAUCCACGGACGAGCAUAUCCAUUUUCAGGAACGUUUUUGAUUUAAACGAUGUAGUUCGUGACAGAGGAAUCCGUCAAGACUGUACCAUUAUCGUCGUUAGCGUAGCUUUCUAUCACGCGAAGGGGAUUCCAGCAGUGGCUAACGGCUAUCAGCUCUAACAACAGAGGUUCAGCCGAGAUGAGCAAAUAAAAGUAAUGCUCCUCCACAGCGUAUGACCGAAGGCGUUAUCGAGCGGUAACAGGACUGCUGUGAAUCGACGUCAAGAUGAUGAAGAAAAAGAAGUUUAAGUUCAGAGUUGAUUUUGAGCUGGACGAGUUGUCGUCGGUUCCGUUCGUCAACGGAGUUCUGUUCUGUAAAGUCCGCCUGCUUGACGGCGGGUUCUCGGAGGAGUCGUCGCGCGAGACGGUCCAGGCAAACUGUGUACGCUGGAGAAAAAGAUUCUCCUUUCCCUGUAAAAUGAGCGCUAAUGCUGGAACCGGAGUCCUCGACCCCUGUGUGUGUCGAGUUUCAGUCAGAAAGGAACUGAAAGGUGGAAAGACGUAUGCAAAGCUGGGUUUUGCUGAUCUCAACCUGGCAGAGUUUGCAGGAUCAGGUAGCACCACACGCAGGUGUCUGCUGGAGGGUUACGACACCAAGAACACUAGACAGGACAACUCCAUCCUUAAGGUGAUUAUCAGCACACAGCUGAUGUCUGGGGACCCCUGUUUCAAAACGCCUCCAUCCACCGCAACGGUAAUAGGCAUUCAGGGUGAUGCAGAGAGCUUGCUGGAAGACAGGAAAGGAGGAGACACACAGAAACCUUUUCUGAGUCUCUCAGAGACAUCAGGGAAGUGUGGUUCUCUGCCUGAUGAGCUCGGGCUUUGCGGACACUCUCGAACGUCCAGUUACGCUAGUCAGCAGUCCAAAGUAUCAGGCUAUAGUACAAGUCACUCACGUUCCUCCAGUCUGUCGGAGUUCUCCCACAGGAGGAACACUUCGAUUGGGAGCGCUUCCACCGGCAUUGCCAGCAUCCCUGAGCCCAGUGAGGAGAGUGACCAAACUGCAGCGCCCCCUACAGCCCCGGGGGUCUGCGCGGCUGUGCCUGAAAACCCAUCAACCCCCGACAGAGCUGCCAGCAGGUAUCCAGUGAAACAAGACUCUAUGGAGUCUCAACUGAAAAGGGUGGAUGCCACACGAGUAGAUGCCGAUGAUGUGGUGGAGAAGAUUCUUCAAAGCCAGGAUUUCACCCACAGUUUGCUAGAUUCCAGUGCUGAAGAGGAAGGUCUGCGUUUGUUUGUGGGUCCUGGUGGGAGCACAGCACUCGGUAGCCAUCACCUUCCUGCCAGGGUUGGAGCUGGUGCCUACGAACAGGUGGUGAUCAAACGCUAGAGUUGGGAGAUGCCAGAAGGAGAAGUGUCAAAAACCAAAGUCUGUUUCGUGGGAGGAGAAAGGGACGAAGAGCUUUUAGACAUGUUGGUCUCCUCUCACUUUAGGAGUGUUUGUCACGAACCAGUUUCAUCGUUUCGAUGAAACGGUGUCCUCUGCUGGUCACAUAAAGAAGUGACAGCUGCUCUGUAUGAGGCUGCCAUUAUAGGUGUCUGUGUUUCACUGUGAGGUAAAGUUUGUCUCCUAUUACGUCUGCAUUGAAAAUCAAAGAGCUUUUCUCUACUUUCCUUGCUGAUUUUUAAGAAUAUAUAUAUAUAUAUAUAUAUAUAUAUAUAUAUAUAUAUAUAUAUAUAUAUAUAUAUAUAUAUAUAUAUAUAUAUAUAUAUGUUGUUUUGUUUAGUAAGAUCUCUUUAUUUUUACCUAUGUUUACAUGUUUAUGAGCCCUUUUAGGGGUCUGUCAGUGACAUAUUGAUGGAUUGUAUACAUCUUUUACAAUACGUAUAAGGUGUAUACUGUCUCUGCAGAUGAAGGUGACCUCUUUACAAUUUUUUUGUUGUCAUCUCAUUACUGUCAGAUUGGAAAUCAAACUGUCCUCACCCACCCGCGGCAUCUCGCUUGGUGCGUGUGAGAAGUCGUGAUGCAUUUUGACAGAUGGAGCCGACUUGAAAAAUUCAUUCGAAUAGCACUUUGAAUUGAAGGACUUUACACGGGCUUUCUGUGCAUCUCCAUCAUUGUAGGAAGUUUUAAGGUUGAGCUGUUGAUCGAGGUCAUCCAUACACAGAAAUGUUUAUUUCUUCUUUAUGCGUCGCCAAAAGCAACUUUCGGUUGGAGAACUUAAAUGUAGAUGAAGCUCACACAGCUGAAUGGGACUCCUUCGCAGUUCAACGCAUGGACGCAUUAGCUACCUAAAAUCCGAGCAGCUGAAUAUCUAAUUAGAUGAGUACAUAUCUGGCAUCAUUAAUGACAUCACGUAAAUGUAUUGGCUUUCAUGCGAGGACAAAACGAGCCAAGAUGUUCUCAAGCUACAAUUAGUAACUUGGCAGCACAGAAUGAAGCAUUUAACUGUUUCAGCAGUGCUUCAAACGUUUAGCACAAGGCUCUCGAGCAGCGUGUAGCUCUUCAUAUCCUCUCCAUAACACUACGAAAACUUUUUACCCACGUUUUUGUAGUUACUCGGUGUAUCACUAAAAUGAAGGUAUUUUAACGAUUACUUUAAUGGUAUCUCUGUCAGCUCUAAAGCAUAUCAGAAUCGUACAUUAGUGCUUUUCAAGUUUUAUGUGACCGUAUGCCCAUAUCUACUCGGAAGCCAUUCACUGUUUUAUUAAUAUCAACUCACUUGCCUCUGCGAUUUAAGAGUGUGUGAGGAUUCGCAGCUGAACAAGUGUGUAUACAAACUAUUUGUAGCACUCGAUCGUCUCAUAACUGUCUAGAGUUUUAGUGUAGAAAUGCAUGGGUGUCACACCUACUCAAUGUGUCCGAAGCAUUUUGUGUAGUCUUUGCUAUUUCCAUCGGAUCGAUCCAGGUCUGUCGAUAUCCAAACACUAAAAAAAAAAAAAAAAACAUUGACGGGAAGCUUGGAUUCAUCUCGGCCACACGUCUCAGGUUUAUUAUUUUAUCUUGCGCAUUUACUGCACAAAUAUCAAAGCACCACACUGCAAAUGCACAGAGCCCUUAAAGACCCACGUUGAUAUGUAUAAAUAUGAGAUUGGAGCACAAAUUAUGUAUCAGUGCUUUUGCGUUCUCUAGCAAAUGUUUUGGAUCGCUUACAGAAACGUAAACAGAGCGCUAAAGAUGAUUUUUGCAUGCAAACAAGUUUCUUGCAGAAACGCAAAACAUUUUGCAAUAAAAUGCUGAAUGUCUUGAGAAUUACAGUGUUUUUGAAAAAUAUUUUGACUUUUGUGAGAAAAUACAAAACCAUUGAUACACUUUUUUCCCCCCAUCUCAUAUUCUUCAUCAUGUCCCUUUAAGAGCUCUGUAGUGAAUGUUUUCAAAUACCAGUAUAUUUAGAGAUUAUCUGCGAUAUUUCAGCUUCAUUACUUUUCAUCAGACACUCAGCAAUGAGCGAGUUAUUUUAAACUUGAUUUUUUUUUUUUAAUUGAUCUACUGCCAAAAUGAAAGUCUAUUUUUAUGUAUUUGAGCUUUAGUGAUACUGAAAUUGUGUGAAGACUCACUUCCCCCCUCCCCCUCCUUCCAUGUUUCCUUAACUACUCUUACAUAUCCUGUAAGUAGGUCCUGGUACUUUACAUGUUGUAAAAACAUGGUGGCUUUUAUCUCUUCUGUGAAGUUUUUGGUCCUUGUAAUUGUACUGUGUCUGACGUUUAAAAGUGACAUUGCUUUUUUUGACUGUCUUGCAAUGUUGUGUUCUAACUUUUGACCAACGGUGGCUUCCAUGCCACGUGUUCUGUUACGAUGCUGGUAAAGUAUGAACCAUGCACUGUUAAAUAAAACCGCAUUUCAAAGG